CGUCGUGGCAUCGCGUCGCAACGUGACUCUUGGCUCUACUAUAGCCAGGGUGAGAAUGCUACUGUAGGGGCUGAAAAGACGAUCAGUUGACAGCAGAAGUCCUUCAUCUCCGACGCCGUGAAGAUGGUGGCCGUCGUUGCUAGAGGCCAGAACAACCUGGACGACGAUCCGUUCGCAGUCGCAGUAUAAGAAGAGACGGCGUUCGGACGAAGGACUCGGAUUGAAUUUCAGCAAGCAGCAUUGCCAGGCAUCUCUUCUCGCAGCCCAUAUUAUUACUACAACCAUCUAAUAGCGAUUUCAUAAUCAUCUCAUAUCAUCCAGCCAGCCCACAAUAUGAAGUUCUCGCUCCUCGCCGUCGUCUUGGCCUCUGCCUCCGCCGCCCAAAGCGCAAUUACAUGGACGCUCGAGAAGGCCGCAAACCCUACGGCCGACCAGCGCGAUGCGUACACCAAGAUCGAGGCCGCCAUGAACCUGGCCGUCGCAAGACACACCAGGUUGGGACGCGCCAGCAAGUCCCUCAGAGUCUACUACACGCCCGGCGUGCCCACGGCCGAGGCCAACUACAACGGCGACGUCCGCUUCGGGACCAACCGCUCUUACAUGAACGAGCGGACGGCUCUCCACGAGAUCUCGCACACGCUUGGCGUCGGCCAGACGGCCGCCUUCAACUCCAAGUGCGCCUCCGGCGACUGGGCCACGGCUUUGCCCCUCCUCCGCUCGUGGGAUGGUUCCAGCGCCAAGAUUAACUGCGGAGGCUCCCACUUCUGGCCCUACGGGCUCAACUACGACACGGAGUGGAGCGAGUCGAAUGCGAAUCGCCAUGUACAAAUCAUCAACGCCAUGCUUGCGGAUGGCAUGUGAGGGGAGACGCUUUUGAUUUCAGGUUCUUGUAAUAACUUCAUGUGAUGACGACACCAAGUUUCAUGGUUCGCGUCGCCGUACAUAUAGCUGGUUGGAAGCAAGAUGGCUGGAUUCUGGUCAUCUUAGGUAAAUCACGAUGAGAUGGGCCAUGAGAUACUUCCCAAUGAAUAACUUCAAUUCCUAUUACAUGCAAGACAGCCUGAUGCCAGGAGCAAUACGUUUCAGAUUCAU